AUGCGUGAGGAAUUGCAAGCCGUUACUGAUAAUCAUACUCGGGAUGUUGUUCCUCUACCUUCCGGGAGAAAGGCAAUUGAUUGUAAAUGGGUGUAUAAGGUAAAGAUUAAAGUUGAUAGAACUCUUGAACCUUCUCACAUCCUGUGGAUAGAGCAAUUAGAUAUUCAUAAUGCAUUUCUUAAUGGAGAAUUAGAUAAGGAAGUUUACAUAGAGCUUCCAGAAAGUUUUCAGCAUCUCACAGGUGCUCCUUCUACUCCAAAUCAGGUUCUCUCUCAAUAUAUGGAUAGCCCGACAAAUUUGCACAUGAGGGUUGCACUACGUGUAUUACAUUACUUAAAGAAAGACCCAAAUAACGUUGGAGAUAAAAAGAAACAAUCAGCGGUAGCUCGGAGUUCAACGAAGGUGGAAUAUCGUGCAUUAGAUGCAUGUGCAUGCGAAGUUAUGUGGAUACAAAAUAUGUUGGCUAAACUUCAGGUCACUCUUCUUGGGACUUCAAAGCUUCUAUGCGACAAUCGGAGCACAAUUCAGAUUAGCAAAAAUUCAGCGCACCAUGAUCGAAUCAAACAUUUUGAUCUCGAUGUACGUUUUGUUCGAGAGAAAGUUUAG